GGGAUCAAAUACUAUUUGAAUUCUCUCAAAUAGUGUUUUGCCUCCUGUGAACUUUGCCAUGAGGAAUGACAGGCUUCGGAGUCUGCCUGGUAUGCCACUGCCUUAUAACUGGUGUACCUUAUUUAUGAAGUCAGCUGCACAGACCAGGGGAGGAGGGACUUUGCAAAUUUGAGUGAGUGAGUGAGAGUGUGUGUGAGAGAGCGAGACCAAAACACACAGUGAAAUAGACGGAGGAAGGAAGAGAACAACGUGAGCCAAGGUAGUAGGAGAGUCUUGGGUUACAGGAGCGUUAAGGCGGUUGGGUUUGUUGGCGAGGAUCAUAGCAGGGGAUCUAUUUGUCCUCUGUCUGUAUCCCUCCCGACCGUGGACCCCAGGAGAGUUAGGGGCCGGUGGGCCAGAGGGGACAAGGGCGUGGGGUAGCAUGGGACAGAGUGCCAGCGACGCGGAGACAGUGCCCCGGCAACACCAACCGCAACCUGCUCAACACAACACUGAUGAUGAGGUGGACUUGCAGCAUAGUACGACAGGGAGCGAGGCGGGGAACUCAUCAGGCGAAACCCCUCCCUCCAAACGCAAGGGCAAGUUCUCCAGCUUCGGCAAUAUGUUCAAGCCCUGGAAGUGGAGGAAGAAGAAGAGCAGUGAGACGUUUCUGGAAACCUCAAUAGUGUUGGAGAGGAAGAUCUCGGUAAGGAGACCUCGUCAGGAGCUAAUCGACAGGGGAGUGCUGAAAGAACUUCCAGAGAAUGAGAGCAACGAUGUGAACCACUCCAAAGUUCCGGGGGUGAAGAAUGGCCAGCCAGUAUCCAUGGACGUUGACCGGGUCUCAGAGUUAGGGGUCAGGGGGUCGCGGGGGGAGCCAGGCCCAGGGCUCAACCCCACUUGGUUGCCCCAGGGAGUGGACCCCCGGCGGGGCACUGUCCCUUCAGAUGACCCCCGGAGCAGGAGCAGGGUGCCCUCCGAUGCCUCUCGCUCCAACCGAGCCCCACUGGACGUAGACUCGCACGCCAGGCUAUCGGCCAUAGAUCUGGAGAGACGGAGCAGACUGCCCUCUGACGUGUCGGGGGAAAGGAGGAAAGGAGGGUCACUACCGAGAGGACCUGCUCCUGAGGAUGGGAAGCACCGGAGAGAGGGGAAAGAGGACAAGCGAGAGGAGAGGAGAGAUGGGAAAGAGGAGAGGAAAGGAGAGAGGAGAGAUGGGAGAGAGGAGAGGAGAGCGGAUGGGAAAGGGGAGAGGAGAGAUCCUUGUGAUGAGAGAGAAAGAAAGGAUCAGAGGGAGGAGAGAGACCGGGAGGGAGGCGAACGGAGGGAUGAUAAAGACAACAAGGAAAAGAGAGACAGGAGAGAUGACAGGGAGAGGAGAGAAGAUAGGGAAAGGAGGGACAGAGAUAAUCGAGAGGAGGACAAGGAGAAGAGAGAUGGGAAGGGAGAAAAAGAUGACCGGAGAGAGGGAAAAGAGAAAAGAGACGAGAAGAGAGAUGAUCGAGAGAGGAGGGAUGACUGGGAAAUAAAAGAUGACAAGAGAAUCGAUUGUGAAAGGAGAGAUGCUCGUGAUCGCAGGGACGAUGGUGAGGAGAAGGAUAGGAGAAGGAGUCCUAGGGCUGGGAAACCAGAGACUAUCUUGAGACCUGUAGAAGGGAGUCGUCCGGUGGUCAGACCCCACUCUGAGAUGGAGCUGAGGCCCAGUCUCCAGAAGACCUCCUCAGAGGACCUCCGUACCAGGGUCCGCCCUGCCUCCGAGACUUACUGUGGAAGCACCUUGCCCAGGUACAUACCAUCUGAGGAGACCAAACGAGGGGAAACCCGCGGAAGAGCAGAGUCCACUGGUGUCCGCUUCGCUCCUGGCCCCACCCCAGACUCUGACUCCGCCUUUAACUCCUCCUCCUCCCGGAGAGCUCAGCCUCCUACCAAACAGGCCAUGCUCCCUCCCAAGGGCCAACCCACCACCACCUCCUCCACGGAGCCUGGCCGGACCUCCACCCCACCUUCCUCCUCCUCCUCCUCUACUUCCUCCACCUCCUCUGCUAUAGCGGUGGCCAAGCCACCCAGGACUGUUUCCCUGGUCAUCAGUGAUGACCCUCCUCCCACCCACUCCAACCCUGUUCCCCUUGUACGGUCCAGCCAGGUACCCCCCUCCUCCACCACGGGGGAAUCGGCCACUCCUCCACCCGUACCCCCCCAUGCCAAGCAGCCACCUGUACCCCCACCCAAACUCACCAACCGCAACAGCAACCCCGCUCUGCUUGCGGAGCUCUCUCAGGCUGGCAGUGGUGUCAUCGUGUUUCCUGCCCCCACCAGGCGCUCUCCACCCACUCCGCCCAAGAGGAUGAUCACCAAGCGCCUCUCCGACGACCCGUCCCCUGAGGCAGAGGCCUCCUUCCCCUCUAGUUCUGCCCCUGUUCCAGUCCCAUACCUACUGUCUCUGUACCCCCCAGCACUGACCAAGAUGACAAUCAGGGACACCCUCAGAGCAGUAGGGUUCCAACUACCCACCUCUGACCCUGCACCACGACCUCUGCCCCAUAUACCCAUGUCCACUCCUAGCUCCCACCCCUACCUACCUCUCCCCAACCCUGUCUCCGUCCCCCUCCCUAUCCAUCAGAAGGAUCCUCCCAGCCCCACCACAGAGCCACCCAGCCACCCCCCAGCCUCAGUCCCAGCCAUCCCUCUGCACAUCCUGAUCCAGCGGGCCCUGUGCUCCCCAAGCCCGGCCCAGGCUAACCCAGACGGAUCCCAGAGAGCCCACUCCAUGCUGUUUGAGUCCCCUCCAGAGUUCCUCACUGAGGCUGGAGGCCGACGCUCUCUACCCGUCACCAUAGAACUGCUCAGACUACCUGAGGAUGAUGACUUCAACAUGGAGGAGGAGUUGGAGAAGCUUCACCCCAGGCGGAUGCUGCCCUCCCAGCCCCCCAGGCAGCCUGAGCUGGAGUCCAGGAACAGAAGGGGUCUGAUAGGGGAACCCAGGGUCAGUGUGAUUCCAGAGGGCCGGGGGCCCGGAGACAGCAGUGAGGAGGAUGAAGAUGAGGAGACGGACUCUGACGGACCCAUCCUCUACAGAGAUGACGAUGAAGACGAGGACGAAGAUCCACCAAGUGCCUUGGCGAGCCGUGUGACGAGGAAGGACACCCUGGCCCUGAAGCUGGAGAGACAGCAGGAGAGAGAGGAGCAGGAGGGAGGAGAAGGACAGGACGGAGUCGGCCGGCAGAGCAGAGAGCAGUGGGAGGCACUCAGGAACAAGAUCGGUACUACGCUCAACAGGAGGUUGAGUCAGAGACCCACAGCAGAGGAGUUGGAGCAGAGAAACAUCCUUCCAGCCAGGAAUGAAGCUGAUAUCAGGGCAGAGAGGAGCGAGAUCAAACGCAGACUAACCAGAAAGCUGUCCCAGAGGCCCACCAUAGCAGAGCUUCAGGCCAGGAAGAUCCUGCGUUUCCAUGAGUACGUAGAGUGUACCACAACUCAAGAUUACGACCGCCGUGCAGACAAACCCUGGACCAAGCUCACUCCCUCUGAUAAGGCUGCCAUCCGCAAGGAACUUAAUGAGUUCAAGAGCUCUGAGAUGGAGGUUCAUGAAGAGAGCAGGAUCUACACCAGAUUCCAUCGGCCUUAGCUGUGCUCCCUGUUCUGGCUGCAAAAGAAGCACUAAAAUGCAAUACGGAGCCGGGGGUUUGCAGGACUUCAAUAUGGAACGCACAGACCCCCUGGUGACUGCAAUAUCUAGUCCCUUGUCCUGGAACAAGCCUGUUCCUCUCCCGGAAGGCACACUAUUGAUGGCUGAAAUAA